CGGAGGCGGAACCCGCGACGCGGCCCGAGCCCGGCAGCUCCCGGAGUGCAGAGGCGUGCGGCCGACCGGGCGGGCCCUGCAAGCCGGGAGCACCCCCGGACCCCCAGUCACAGGCACACAUCCCCACAUGCCGGCCAUGCCUACCAGGUGUCCCGGCGCCGCGCUGCUCGCGCUCCUCGCGCCGUUAGGCGCGCUCCCGUUGGCGCUGGCCGAGGCCCGGCUCCUGGUGCGCGUAGACGCGGCCCGUGCCCUACGUCCCCUGCGGCCAUUCUGGAGGAGCACGGGCUUCUGCCCCCCACUGCCACACAACCAGGCUGACCGGUAUGACCUCAGCUGGGACCAGCAGCUCAACCUUGCCUAUGUGGGUGCUGUCCCACAUGGCGGCAUCCAGCAGGUCCGGACCCACUGGCUGUUGGAGCUCAUCACAGCCAGGGCAUCGGCUGGGCAGGGUGUGAGCUACAACUUCACCCACCUAGACAGGUACCUGGACCUUCUGAGGGUGAACCAGCUCCUCCCGGGAUUUGAGCUGAUGGGCAGCCCCUCGGGACGCUUCACCGACUUUGAGGACAAGCAGCAGGUGUUUGAGUGGAAGGACCUGGUCUCUCUCCUGGCCAGGAGAUACAUUGGUAGGUACGGGCUGGAGCACGUUUCCAAGUGGAACUUCGAGACGUGGAAUGAACCUGACCACCACGACUUCGACAAUGUCACCAUGACCAUGCAAGGGUUCCUGAACUACUACGAUGCCUGUUCCGAGGGUCUUCGAGCUGCCAGCCCAGCACUUCGGCUGGGUGGCCCUGGUGACUCUUUCCACCCUCCACCACGGUCCCCACUCUGCUGGGGCCUCUUGGAGCACUGUCACAAUGGUACCAACUUCUUCACGGGGGAAGUAGGCGUGCGGCUGGACUACAUCUCCCUGCAUAAGAAGGGUGCCGGCAGCUCCAUCUACAUCCUGGAGCAGGAGAAGGCAACCAUGCAGCAGAUCCAGCAGCUCUUCCCCACGUUCACGGACACCCCCGUUUACAACGACGAGGCAGACCCGCUGGUGGGCUGGUCACUGCCACAGCCAUGGAGGGCCGAUGUGACUUACGCAGCCUUGGUCGUGAAGGUCAUUGCGCAGCACCAGAACCUACUAGUGGCCAACACCAGCUCCUCCGUCCGCUACACUCUCCUGAGCAACGACAACGCCUUCCUGAGCUACCACCCACACCCCUUCUCGCAGCGCACCCUCACUGCCCGCUUCCAGGUCAACAAAACCCAUCCACCUCACGUGCAGCUGCUGCGCAAGCCAGUGCUCACCGCCAUGGGGCUGCUGGCCCUGCUGGAUGGAGAGCAGCUCUGGGCUGAGGUGUCUCAGGCAGGUACGGUGCUGGACAGCAACCACACUGUGGGCAUCUUGGCCAGCGCCCACCAACCCAGCAGCCCCACUGAAGCUUGGCGUGCCACGGUGCUCGUCUACGCAAGCGACGAUACUCGUGCCCAUGCCAACCACAGCGUGGCUGUGACACUACGCCUGCAGGGUGUGCCCCGCAGCCCAGGGCUCGUCUAUGUCACGCACCGCCUGGACAACCAGAUUAGCAACCCUCAUGGUGAGUGGCAGAGCAUGGGUCAGCCAGCCUUCCCCUCCCCGGAGCAGUUCCGGCGCAUGCGUGCAUCUGAGGACACAGUAGCUACGGCGCCACGCCCUUUUCCCGAUGGCGGCCACCUGACGCUGCACCCUGAACUCCCGCUGCCCUCACUCCUGCUGGUGCAUGUGUGUGCACGUCCUGAGAAACCACCAGGCCAGGUCACGCAGCUCCGCGCUCUACCCCUGACCCGAGGGCAGCUGGUCCUGGUCUGGUCAGAUGAGCAUGUGGGGUCCAAGUGCCUGUGGACUUAUGAGAUCCAGUUUUCCCUAGAUGGGAAGGUAUACACCCCAGUCCGCCGGAAGCCAUCGAACUUUAACCUCUUUGUGUUCAGCCCAGACUCGGCUGUUGUCUCUGGCUCCUAUCGGGUUCGAGCGCUGGACUACUGGGCCCGGCCGGGCCCCUUCUCAGACCCUGUGCCAUACCUGGAGGUCCCUGCCCCAUGAGGACUAAUGGUGCCAGUGCCCCGCAAGCCUGUGCUGGCCAGUGAACCGGGGCAGCCACGAGACAGGGUAGUCCAGUCAGCCGCCAGCUCCACUCCCACCUGUGCCCCACUCACCCCCUUAAAGUGCCUUUCUACUCGUCA